UCCUGUCGGCCGGCUGACGCGCGCUACCACGCGUGCCAGCCCUUUCGCUUCUCCCUCGUUGUUCGCCACUUGUGUUUUCUAUCGUGGGAUUACUCGUUCGUCGUCGUUCGUCGCGUAUACCGUGCGACGAGGGAGGCGGUGGCCGACUCGAUGGAGAUACCGGGCCAAGUGGAAAAACGUCGAGUGUUGUUGUGAGUUUCGUCCACGUACGCGUUGACGGGGGUGGUUCAAGCUUGCCGCGAAAUCGAGAACCGAUCGUGUUACGGAUAUUCGAUCCCUUCGGUGCCCACGGAGACGGUGGACAUGCAACAGAAACGUCGUUCGGUGGAUGGAUGAACGUGACUCCGAAAGUACUCUCGACUCGAUGCAGAGGGACGCUGAGGAGAUGGCCACGUGACGCGACGGAGGAGAACACGGCCGCGAGAUGAACACGAACGGGAACGUCGGAUCUCAGGAGGGUGGGAACGGUACCGAUUACGGUUCCAGCGAGGAAACGGCCGCCCUGUUGAGCAGGGCGCCACCCCCGCCGGUCGUGGUUGCCGCGGCGUCUCAGGGCAAGCCGGUGCUUACGCGACAGGAUCGAGCAACCUUUUUGGUUGCCUCGCCACAGUUGUCCGUCUCGGGGCUCGGCGGCUCCGAGGAGAGCGGCACCAACGAAGACCCGGCCACGAGAUCGGUACCGGACAUCGAACUGCACUGCAGACUCGACGGGGAUGCACAACCGCAGCCACAGCCGCAGCCGCAAGUCCAACUUCCGGUCGUGCCCACCGUCUACCGCUCCAGGCAGCAUUCCCACCAGCACAGAUGUCGUUGCGAUCGGAGGGACUCGUUGGCGCCAUCCUCGGCGUUGCAUCUUGCGAGGAGCGUUUCUAGAGAAAGCGUGAAAAGCGGGCACCACUGUUGCCCGUGCCAGGCCCCGCCGCCGCCAGUUCUCGUUACAACAUCGCCCAGCGCACGCAUAAUACGACAAAGCUCGCAACCGGAAGCGUCAGCGUGUUGUUGCUCCGGAUGUUGUUGCCCCCUACACGCUACCACAACCCCGAGUGCCGCCUCCCUGCGGCAACUGCGAGAACCGGGCGACGGAAUCGCUGGCAUCGCAGCGGACUCGUUGCGGAUCAAUGGCGGCAUUCGACAAUUCCGACAGCUACGGAAGCCAGUGUCGACUCUCUCGAUCCCGGGAGCGAUGAAGAACAGCGGCGGCGUGGCUGGUGGGGGCGGCGUGGGUGGCGCUGGGGGCGGAGGCGGGGGUGCUGGUUGCGGUAGCGGCGGUGCUACCGGAACCGGCGAGGACGCUGGUAUCGCCCUUGUUGGCGUCCUCUCGGAGUACCCACGGUACACGGAUGACCGCAUGCUUGGCAGCCAGGUGAAGGGACCCUCAGGCAGCAUAGGACCUGGCUCGAAGCACAAACCCAACGUCGGUUACCGGCUGGGCAGACGGAAGGCACUGUUCGAGAAGCGGAAACGCAUCAGCGACUACGCUCUCGUCAUGGGCAUGUUCGGCAUCAUCGUGAUGGUCAUCGAGAACGAACUGUCCAGCGCCGGUGUCUACACCAAGGCCUCGUUAUACUCGACAGCAUUGAAAACCCUGAUCUCUGUGUCUACUGUGAUACUGCUUGGCCUCAUAUUAGCUUACCAUGCCUUAGAAGUUCAGUUGUUCAUGAUCGAUAACUGCGCGGACGAUUGGCGGAUCGCGAUGACCUGGCAGAGGAUCGGGCAGAUUACGAUCGAAUUGGUAAUCUGCGCGAUCCACCCGAUCCCAGGGGAGCACUACUUCCUAUGGACGACCAAGCUGGCGAACAAGGGCGGCGACUUCGGCUCCAUAUGGGUGCCGUACGACGUCACCCUCUCGCUGCCGAUGUUCUUCAGACUCUACCUCAUCUGUCGCGUGAUGCUGCUGCACUCGAAGCUCUUCACCGACGCCUCGUCGCGCAGCAUAGGGGCCUUGAAUCGUAUUAACUUCAACACUAGGUUCGUCCUGAAGACCCUGAUGACCAUCUGCCCGGGCACCGUGUUGCUCGUCUUCAUGGUCUCGUUAUGGAUCAUCGCCUCUUGGACGUUGCGUCAGUGCGAGAGGUUCCACGACGAGGAGCACGCGAAUCUCCUUAAUGCCAUGUGGCUCAUUUCCAUCACGUUUCUGAGCGUCGGUUUCGGUGACAUCGUACCCAACACGUACUGCGGUCGAGGUAUAGCCGUUUCAACUGGAUUAAUGGGCGCCGGAUGCACGGCCUUGCUGGUGGCGGUUGUUUCCAGGAAGCUCGAGCUCACAAGGGCGGAGAAGCACGUUCAUAACUUUAUGAUGGAUACGCAAUUAACGAAAAGGCUGAAAAACGCCGCGGCGAACGUGUUACGCGAGACGUGGCUAAUUUACAAGUACACCCGCAUUGUGAAACGCGUCAAUCCGGGACGUGUUCGAACGCACCAGCGUAAAUUUCUGUUGGCGAUAUACGCACUCAGGAAAGUGAAGAUGGAUCAGCGAAAAUUAAUGGACAACGCCAAUACCAUCACCGACAUGGCCAAGACGCAGACCACGGUCUACGAGAUCGUUUCGGACAUGAGUACGCGUCAGGACGCCUUGGAGGAGCGUCUGGUGGGCAUGGAGGACCGGCUGCUCGGCCUAGAAGAGAAACUGUCCGGCCUUCAGGGUCAACUGGAACUACUGCCGGAGGUACUGACCAGGUGUCUCGCCCAGCACGCCGAGCGAAUGGAGCAGCGGCGAAACUUCCUUCAUCCGGACACGGCGGUCGCGAUGGCUGGCGGCGUCGGCGGCGUCUCCGUCGGGAACAGCCUGUCGAUGGGCAUAUCGGGCAGCAACGUGUCCGCCCACCAUCCAUUGGGCAGCAUGUCGAAUUCGCCGCUGCUGCCGCACUCGAGGAGCGUGCCCAGCGCGCCCAGCACCAUGUCCCUUCACCCGUGGCCAGUCAGUCCAGUUCUGCCGCCAGUCUCGAGCCGUACGCCUCACCUGGUGCCAGAGACUGGCAAACACCACAGUCUGGCGCACUCCACGGUGGCCACCACAACGACUUCGCAGUCGGCCACCAGACUCACCUCGCAGUCCGGAAUGGGGGGACUGGGCAACAGUCAGGGCUCCGACAAGUCUCCACACAGCUGAGUCUCGUCUUUGCAGCCGCAGCACUCUUACUAAGGAGCCCGACAAUGGGCCCUUUUAGACGCUCGCGUAUCUUCGAGUCCCUCCCACGCGAUUACCUCCACUCUCUCUCUACUUUUCUCUUUCUCUCUCUAUAUCUCUAUCUUUCUAUCUCUCUCUCCCGCUCUCUCUCUCUCUCGGGAACAGGAAAUUCUAUCAGGUCCAUCGAUGCGCCGUGAUAUCGUGGACCGUACUUCUGGACCCAUGGGGUUCAGUGGACGGUAGUUUAACGUUCAGUUGGCUGCGAGAUUGGUACCUCGUCGGGUGUAAAGACCCUUAGGGUUAUUGUCUUUUGUAUAAAGAUGAGGUUCCGUUGGGGCCUAGGUCUGCACGAGGGAUUCCGAAGUAAUGAGGUGCGAGAAUGUUCAGCGUAUACCAAAACGUUCUUGCAUACUGUCCAGAGGAGGGCUGGGACCACUUGUGUAUUUCCAUAUGCUAAUAUUUCGGUGCUUCGCUGGUCAAAUUUCUAUAUGUUCGUGGUGUUCGAAUAACGACUACGCGUCAGGUUCUUCAAAUCCAUCGAUCCGUUUCUGAUCUCAUUUUUAUUUGAACUGCUUUUAUAUCACAAUAUUAUACGAUUCAAACAAUCCCAGCUCUACAGCGAUGUUGAAAUAUGUAAGUGAAAGAAUAGAUGUACGGUGCCCUCGGUCAGUACCUGGAUCGAAUGGCCUCAUAACUCCGUUUGUUGUUGAUAAAUCGGUUUCCAGCCGAGGAUGUAGAUUCCCGACCAUCAAUAUUCGCUAAUGUCGAUCAAUAGAAAGGCACAAAAGCGAGGUUAGAGAGAAUCGGCAACACCGAAAUCUCCGAGCUGGGCCAAGAUGAACUCGCGCCGCUUCCGAACCCCCUCGUGUCAAACUUGAAAAUUGAUUUUCCACGUUUCUCCCUCGAACGCGUUCGCUACCACGCGUUACAUAAGUUCGAUAGCACAGAUUUUCUAUCCUAUGUCAAAUACAAGCAAACGAAGACCCGUGGCACCAGGGUCGCGUUACGUGUAACUGAUUAUUCAGAGUAUUCGUGUAGCCUCGUUGAUACAUUUGAUUUGUACAUAGUUGAAAGCAUAGCCCGCAUUGUAUAAAAUUACUACUCGAGGAUUACGAGCGUAGCGUGAUCCGUGGCAAACGGUUCUCCAGACGAGUCGUGGUAGAGAUCGCGUCGAAUAUUCGCAACCAUCGAAAGUCGGAGGAUCGGGUCUCGCAGCCACCGACGAUCAAUCUUACUAGCCGCCUGCUUCCGUAACCGAGCGGCGAAACGAAAGUCUUGCAGUAGCAUAAACAACGGGUCCAAUCCUCUUCCCGAUUGACUGUGUCUUCUACUAAAGAUCAAGAAAGAAUCCAACACACACACACACACACACACAC